AGUACCCGGCAGGGCAGCGCCAGUUGAGGGACCUGUGGUUACGGAAAUUAUUCCUGUGCGUUCUCUGUUGAAGUUUUAACCCCGGUCACAUCGCCUGACUCGGCAUAUUUGUUUUUCCACAUACGAUUUGGACUAAACGUUUUUUUUUCCUGCCAAGUUUACUUGGACGUAAGAUGUCACGUUAGCAAUGACUUUUCUGCCAUUGACUUGAAGUUUUCUCACUGCGGGUGUGUUAUGAGUUUAUUGCAUUAUCGAUGGAUAAUACGGGGAGCGCGUGAUGCUGCGCCGCAGCUUUACUGCAGCCGAAAGAGCAAAAGUUAAACCUAGUUAAGAUGACAAGCAGCGCGCACCACGAAACCAUCCAGGUGGGGAAUGGAGUUGAAUCAGAUUUUCGGGAAUUUCAAUCAACGCAGAAAGAGGUACCGAAUGAAGCGGACAAUGUGCAUGACCAAAGCGCCAACACUGAGAUCGACACAGAAAGUGAAGAAACGGAAUGUGACCCCCCUCGAGAUGUAGGCACUUCAAAAGGAAUUUCAACAACCUCUGAUGACAUUUGUCCCACAGCGCUGUCCAUGCGGCUGGCUAUGGUGCGGGGGCCGGACAGACUUCCUGACGAGGGGCUGCAGGAAGUGCUGAGAGGGAAGCUGAGAGUCCUAGAGGCUGACAGCGGGGAGGUCACGGCCCUCUUCACUGAACUGUCUGCUCGGUUACUCUCCAUUAACAGUGAAGAUGAUGCCAUAUUCAUUACAUUUAAAACAUUUGAAGAGAUAUGGAAAUUCAGCACAUAUUACAAAAUGGGCUUUCUUGGACAGUGCAUGGAGAAUCUGCUGCUGGACCAAGUGUUCUGGUUGAACUCCUUGGAGCAGGAUGAUGCUGGAAUUGAAGUAUCAAUCCAAGAGGAAACAUUAAAUCUCAUGUACAAAGGGAUCUUAAUGCAGGAAGGGUCCUUCUUUGGGAGCUGCAGUGCUAAUCAGAUGUUUGACAGUUCCACAUCUGGGAGUGAUCUGUACCUGGAGCAAGGCGACAUCGCUCUCUUUGAGCCCCCCUUCAUGGGCUCAGGGUGGACAGUGCAGUCCCUGGUGGAUGGAGCGAGAGGUACCAAACCCAAACCAGCCCUGGAACCCGUCAUCCCUUUCCAUCAAUGGUUCCUGAAAUCAUGUCCUGAGAACAUCCUGGUUGGCAGUGGAAAGGUGGCAUAUGACUUCCCCUUCCAGUUUGCAGUGGGGUCCUGCAUGGCCACAGUGGAGUACGACGCUUGCGGGCCAGACGAGCUGAGCUUUGAACGUGGGGAUCACAUUCAAGCUGUGGGCCUUCUGGUGUCCUGCUAUGAGUGGUUCCUGGGGAAGCAUGAGGCAACUGGAAACAUUGGUUUAGUGAGGACUAGUCUGGUCAAACCCACAGAUUCCCUUUGUGAGUCAGCAGACACAUUUUUAAAUAAAGAAGACAGGCUUCUGUUUAACAUCAAUGAUGAACACACUAAAGAGCAGACAAUCACUUUGCUGAAUAAAACAUCUAAAAGUGAUGUUGGCACUGUUUACAAACUGGAUUUGAUUGAACUUCAAGAUUCUCCAAGAGGAAUAAAUCAAAAUGGCCCCUACAACAAUACAAUUCCUUCCAAACGGGAAGAACUUAAAAGCAAGAUAGACCUGAUUUUAAGUGAACUGAAAGGGCCAGGCCCAAUAUCAGCCAAAGUCACAGAGCCAAGUUCAGUCAAUGAGACCUCAGAGCAAGGCGAGGAUGAAGGAGUGCCGUGCUUCGCUGUCCACUGUGAGGAGAGCAGUCCGAGCCCUGAUGGCAUCCUGUCUCUGCUCACCUUCCUCAACUGUAGCAGCUACAAGACUGAGUUCCGCACCCUCUAUGACCACUCCCUGCAUUUCCGCCACACGCUUUUCCAAGGCUACACAGAGGAGGAGGAGCUGGUCUCCUUCCUGGGGGUUGCUCGGGAGACAGCAAGGAAGAAGAGGCUGUACUGGGCCCAGAGCAGGAUCUGCUUCCUCCUGGGCAAGAUGUGCGCCAGGAAGAGUAAGUACUCUCAGGCCCGGGUCUACUUUGAGGAGACUCUGAGUGUGGUGAGGGAUCACUUCACUGAUAUUUUCCUGUUAAUCUCCGUUUACACUAACCUGGCCGUCAUCUAUCUCAUGCAGAAGAACACAGAGAAAUACUUUUCAGUCUCCGAGCGCAUUGCAGCCUUAUUGAUGGGGAUCCCUAACUACAUCUGUAGCACAGAGAAGGAGCCAGAGGUCUUUAAGUACAUACUUAAGAAAGCCAUCCUGGCCCACAACAAGGUUGCCGAAGCCAGGGCCUGUUUCCUUCUGGCAAAAGUCUACUCAAAGCUAGACCGGGGUCAGAGUGCUGUACCAUUCGUUGAAAGGCUGCAAGUUCUCGCUGACGAGAUGCCAGAGAUGUGCAAAGCGAUGCCCAGCCACUAUUACCUGACGUUAGGGAAACUUUACGGGGAGAAGUACCUCCCUCACCUGGCUGUGAGCUCGGUGAGACGAGCCUCGCUGCACCCCUCCGCCACGCUCACGGACUGCUUGAUCGGGAUCGGCUUUGUCCUGGAGAAUGCCCCACGGCUCUACGGAGUGGGGAAGCAGGGCGUUCUGGUCCCCACUCAGGUAGCCCCUUACCUGAAUCGGGCACUGGCUUUCACAUCCAGCAAAGAAGAUCAUGUGCUCCGCCAAGCCAUCUCUUUGUGCUUGUCACAACUGUUUCAGAAGCACGGCAUGCUGGACAAGGCCAUCCACUGCAUGCACGCUUUCAUCGACAGAGGGCUGGGGAUGAGUUUGACUGACACCACCAACAUGCUCAUUUCACUGGCAUGGCUGCACAUCUGCAACCAGCAGCACCACAUGGCCCUGGACAUCUUAGACUCAGUGCUGUCCUCCACACCCGAGAACUGCACCACUCCCCAGGAGGGCGUCGUUUACAACAUGCGCGCCAUCGCCCUCAGGCACUCCGGCGAUGUCAAGCAGGCUGCCCACAGCUACCAGGAGGCCAUCGACAUCUGCGAGGAGUUCGACUCCAGGCACAACUGGGCCAUAGCAUUGGCCAACUUCGGGCUCCUGUGUUUGCAAGCUAAGGCGAGGGCGCUCGCUGAGACCAAUCUUAUCCGAUCGGUGGAGUUCUUCUCCGAGCUGGAGGACGAGGGCCACGAGGUGAACUUCAUCACUGUCCUGCUGAAGCUGGGCCAGAAUUAUGUCCAGCAGGGCCAGCUGGAGAAAGGAAAGAUUUACUACGAGUGGGCCCUCCUUAUUGCAAUUAAUUCCAACCACUCCAAGUGCCAGCUGCAGGCCACUCGCCGUCUCUGUCACCUGUACCACGUGGUGUGCCCUGACGAAGCCCAGUGUAUCAUCUACAAUGAGCAUCUGCUGAAUUUAGUGCGCAAGACUGGUGACAAGGGCCAAGAAGCAGAGAUCCUGGAGACAAUCAGCCAGCUGUACCUGAGUUUAGGAACUGAAAAAGCUUACAGAUCAGCGUUGGACUACACCAAGCGGAGCCUGGGCAUCUUCAUAGACCUGAGGAAGAAGGAGAAGGAGGCAUAUGCUUGGCUGCAAGCAGGGAAGAUCUACCACAUCUUGAGGCAGAAUGAGCUGGUGGAUCUCUAUGUACAGGUAGCUCAGGACUCAGGCCUGAGCACUGGGGACACAAACUUCAUUCUGGAGCUGUUGGAGGUGGCUGGAGAUGUGUUCUUCAACACGUCCCAGGAGAGAGAGAAAGCUGUGGCCUUCUACAGGGACCGAGCCCUUCCUAUUGCCGUGAAGACGGGUAAUGUGAGGUCCCAGCUGCGGCUGUCCAACAAGCUGGUGGAGCUGCUGAUGCAGCUGAAGCAGUAUGGGGAGGCGGUGGAGUUUGCACAGGCUACGCUGGACAUCAGUGUCACGCUGGGAGAACGCCUGAAUGAGCGAGUAGCCUUCCAUAGACUGGCUACUCUCUACCACUGCCUGGGUCAAUACGAGCUGGCAGAACACUUCUACCUGAAGGCCCUGUCCCUCUGUCCCUCGCCCCUUCAGUUCGAUGAAGAGACGCUCUACUACGUCAGGGUCUACCAGACCCUUGGGGACAUCAUCUUCUAUGAUCUCAAGGAUCCGUACGAUGCAGCAGGAUAUUACCACCUGGCCCUGGCGGCUGCCAUGGACCUGGGAAACAAGAAGUCCCAGCUGAAGCUGUGCACUCGCCUUGCCACCAUCUACCACAACUUCCUGGUCAACAGAGAGCUCUCCCUCUUCUUCUACCAGAAGGCCCGGGCCUUCGCCACGGAGCUCAACGUGCGGAGGAUCAACCUGUCACCUGACCAGCAGAUCUCCAGCACGUCCCAGUACAAGAGCGGCGCGCAGUAGCCAUGACGACUCCUGUACUGGCAGUACACAGCUAUGCAGGUGGUGAAAUGGGAGGAGCAUUGAUGGGUAUUUCAAACCUGGGUGAAAAUUUAAUAGGAGAGCUCAGAAACAAGUAACAUGCUGUGAGCAGUGUAAUUAUGUAUUUUAGGAUUAUUAUGUGCUUAUUUUCUACCUGUGUUUUCGUGUUAUAUUAAUUUGGCUCAUUCACUUGGGUGAUCAAAUGGAUGGACUAUAAAUGCAGUAUAUUUAAGGGAUCACUAUUGUUAAAUCUACAUUGCACAAGCCAUGUGGGGACAUGUCACAAAAGAAAAAUUGACAUCAAACGUCUUGAGAAUCAAAAACAAUGCAAGCCCUGAUCAGGACCUAUUUUUAUGAAUUAAUUCACAAAUUGGGCAUCACAAGCCUUGAUUUGUCUAACACAGCUUUAUGUGCAGGAAGAUGAUGGAUUUGAAUAAUAUGGGUUCUAUGGUUGUCCAGUCCAGAAAUUCUAGAACAAUCAUCAAAAAUUCCACCUGUGUCACCUUAUGUUAGGACUGACUACAUUAAAUGAACUAACAAACAUUACUAGGAUACUCAAUAAUGAACAAUGGACAAAAUACAAUGCUGUAAAUGCAAGAAAGUCUGAAAUUAGUCCUGCCAUUAUAAUUUGGUCUGAGUAGAACUGCGAGGUAAGAUGUAUUACAACUCUAACAAAAAGAAAAAGAUUUUAGAAUGUGGGCAUCUUCCUGUGACCCUUCUCACAGUGUGUGUGAAAUCUAUCACAGGCAUGAAGUGCUGUAGCCAGUAAAAUGUAGUCCCAAACAGAGGGAGCUCUAAACAGUGAAAGAACCAUGCAACCAGAUAUUGGCAUUGAUGUGUAUUUGAAUGGAAAAAAAUGGUAUUAUUGCCAGUGAUAAUAUUAUUUAAAUACUUCUCUGUGAAGCAUGUGAACUGUGGAGAGAAGUGUUAAUAUGCAUUCUUUGCAGGGCCAGUGAGCCCAGAGUAGGAGAUGUCUCUCUCAUACCAUUCUGUUUACUCAAGUGUACAAAGUAAUCUUACAAACUUCAACAAAAAUGUCAGGUGUCCUGUUAAUUCAAAUUCAAAGGAAUAAAGAAUUUGAUGGCAACAGCAGGCUGGCAUCGCAAAA